GCUGCCCCCGCAGGCCUCGACUGUACGCGUGCCUUGGCAAGGGCUAUGAUCGUUCUGCGCGGUGUCUCAGGCGCUCGUUAAAAGCGCAGUCUGCCCGGCCAUGGCUCUGAGGGAGCUGAAAGUUUGCCUUCUUGGGGAUACUGGUGUGGGCAAAUCAAGUAUUGUGUGGAGAUUUGUAGAAGAUAGCUUUGAUCCCAACAUCAACCCAACAAUAGGAGCCUCAUUUAUGACCAAGACUGUACAGUAUCAAAAUGAGCUGCAUAAAUUCCUAAUCUGGGAUACAGCUGGACAGGAGCGGUUUCGUGCUUUAGCCCCGAUGUAUUACAGAGGGUCAGCAGCAGCCAUUAUAGUCUACGACAUCACAAAAGAGGAAACUUUCUCAACAUUAAAGAACUGGGUUAAAGAGCUUCGGCAGCAUGGACCUCCAAACAUCGUCGUAGCUAUUGCAGGAAAUAAGUGUGAUCUUAAUGAUGUAAGAGAAGUCAUGGAAAAAGACGCUAAAGACUAUGCAGAUUCCAUCCAUGCAAUAUUUGUAGAAACAAGUGCAAAAAAUGCAAUAAACAUUAAUGAACUCUUUAUAGAAAUCAGUCGCAGAAUUCCAUCAACUGACACCAACCCUCCGUCUAGUGGUAAGGGCUUCAAACUUAGAAGACAGCCAUCGGUGACAAAGCGCAGCUGCUGUUGACUGACCCCUUAGAAAAUCAGACUUGUUUAUACAGUAGGUGGUCUUGGAAGUUAAUAGUUCACAUUGGGUUUAUAUUAUCGGUCUUAGAUCUUUAUCUGCUGGUGUUCAUACACCCGAGGUCCCACAAAAAUGGACCAGCUCAUCUGACAUCUGUACACUCGCAGAAAAGACUGCAGUCGUAAUGUCAGCCUGUUUACUUGCAGAAAGUGUAGUAUCUCUUGCAUUCAAAGGGAAUCCAUCAUCGCUUUUUUGGCCUUGCUUGAAAGGAAGGUGACUAUAUGGACGAUAGAACCGAAAUGCUUAAUAGAUUUGUAAUCCAGAUUCUAGGGUUGGUUGUUGGUUUUGUGUUUGCGUUUUGUUUUGUUUUUAAAAGGGAAAUGAGCACUUUUGUGGGACUUCAGGGGUGGAAGGAAUCUGGAAGGUAGAUGUCAUUUCUUCCUUUUCUUCAGUGAGCCAUGUUUUAAGUGUAAUUGUAGCUAACCCGAAGUAUGACAGCACAGUUGAUGUGAGGUGGCUACAGAAUAAGCAACUGAAGACAAGUAAUAGGCAAAUGAGUCCAUCCAGUCCCCAAAUCCCAUUUGCACUUUUUAUUUAAAGAUGAUAUGCACCAGGGAUGGGGACACAUGCAACAGAUAUUAAACCAUAGACAAUCUUUCAUGCUGACUUUAAUCACUUUAAGGCAAACUGAUAUGCUUAUAGGCAUCUUUAUGUUUCUGCAAGUUGGGUUUUUUUUGAAUAUUCAGAUGGUCGAAGAAAAGUGUCUUAAAUGGUUACUGACUAAAACCAGAUGCUGUAAACAGAUGCUGCCAGUGGUUCUGAUUAAUAUCUAAAAGUUUUUGGGGAAAGCUUUUAAUUGCUUGGCAUGUGUAAAGUGUUCAUAUUAUAUUUAUGAGACCUGUGUUUAAAGUAUUAUAAAUUAUGUAAAAACAGUUAAAAAAAAUGCAAUCUUACACACUCCUUCCAUUCCACACCUAUGGAUAAACUCCUGGGGAAUUUCCAUUGGGUUUUUCUUUCCUGCAUUUCAGCUGUUGUCACUGUGAGCUCAUCUAGAGGCAGACUGAAAUUCUUUCUUUUAAUCACAUUUGAAAGGGCCAAUAGGGAAUGCUGUUGGUGCAGCAUGAGGUCUCUCUGUUGAAAAAGUUUUCACCUGUGGUGCACCCAGUUUUUCCUGGUUUGGGCACAAAAAUCCAAAUAGGAAGUAACUUUAAGAGAUGGGGUAAUGUAGAUCAUUACCUCUUGCUUCCUGGGCUUUUUCAUCUGUGAGGGUUUUCAGCAAAUCAUUGUUUAUCUUAUUCUGUAUUGGAUUUAGUAACCUCUCAAUUAAACUAUAGGUUGACCAUACCCACUUGUGCUAUUUUAUUUAUUUUUACUUUUUAUUUCCUACCAGCACUAGUGAGAAACUUUAUACUUUUGAAGAAAAAAGCUUGUUAGACUUGGGUAUGUACUAAAAUACACUGUUUAGUUGUAGUAUCAAAACAAGCUCAUGUUGAUGAUGCUUAUUGUUUGUUUGUAAUAUGUUUUUUCUGUCAUCUCAAGUAUUUUCUCUGAAAGAAAUGUAGAAAAGUUUGUAAGAAAUGAAAGGACUUGUACUCAGAUCAGUUUCCAUUAGUGAAAAAUCUUACAGGCUAUUCAGGAGCAAAACAGGUGAACAGUUACAGUAAGAUUUUGAAAGGGUCCAUAUGUUUUAUUGAAACUUGGUGACUACAUUUUUAUCAGGCUUUUUACUUAUCCCCACAUUGUCAGUUAUGCCUUCUUUGUCACAGCUGUACAGGCUGUGUGCUUAUGUGCCCAUGAAAUUUAGCUUCUUCAAACCAAGGCUACUUGAAGCCCCUUUGUAACGCUGGUCCUUAGGAAGGCAUCACGUAGUAGAGGCGGACUUGUGUUUGGUGUUCAUCUUGAAGUAUGACUGGUUUUAAUUAUUUUUUUUCCCUGUCACUCUAAGCAAAUAAACUAUGAACAAAAAUGUAUUUCCAUCAAGUAUUUUAUAGCAGUCCUAUAUGAUUAGUAAAGGAAUAAUAGAGUAAGCUUGCUCUUGGUUGUAUUUUUAAUUAUUUAAAACCAAAAUAAAACAGAAAGGUCAGCAAUAAAUGUAGAACUUUCACAAUGCCAGUCAUGGAAAUUCCAGCUUCUCUGAAGUAUCUCAAGUCUUACACCUAACAAAUUUUUAAAAGAUAAUUUGUGUAGUUGUCUAGUUCAACUAGGUUUUUAAAACAUUGUGUUCAGUGUUUCAGAAGUCUGUUCUGUACCAGGUGCUUUAGUAUCUGAACUAUGAUGCAUAAAAUACUGCCUUUGCUAAACUUGGCUGGUCAUAAAUCUGGAAGUUCUUUAACUUGGAAAGAGCAUGUAGUGAAAGAAAAGUCUCAGAUAUUUGGAAUAUCUUCAACAUAAAUUAGUAGAAAAGGCAAUUUCAGACUUUAUAAAUUAUUGUUACUACCUGUUAGCUUAUGGUAAAAAUGGAGAUGAAAACUGUUUAUCAGUGAGAUAACAAAAAUAGUUUACUAAUAUCUAUCUAAGAUUUAUUGACUGGAGAAGAAAAUAUUCUCAGUCUAGGCAAGACUAGGCUAGUGUUGAGAUUAUUGUAGUUCUCUCCGGACAGGAGAGGCAUCAGUUCACGAACAUUUGCCAAGAUACAUGCUUUCUGAUCUAUCCUUACUUAUUUGUUAAACACCAAAAUUAAACUCAAAAAACAAGCAAAAAAAAAAGGCA